AUAAUGUUAGUGUCAAAAUCAUAUUAAAAUAAAAAUUAUUAUCAUAAUAAUGAUUAUAUUGUUCUGUAAUAAAUCAGUGGAUUUAUGAACUGAGAAUAGUAGUAAUUCGAUAUUUUCUUAUUAAGGAACAAUGAGUGAGAGGGAGGCUCGGCGUGGUGCUGGUGGGGCGCCCUUCUACGUCCCUCCGCGACGGAAGACCUCAGCGGAGAUCAUCAGCGAAGCCCGGGCGGCUAUCAGGGGAGACAUGAGUGCACCGUCGAGCGGGUCGAGUCUGGGCGCUCUCCGACCGCUGCGGACUCGCCGCCCGUUCACUCCGCGCGACUCGCAGCGAGCUCACCUCGACCGAUACUCCUCCAAACACAAGUCCACGAGACCGCCCAGUGCUUUUGACUUGAAGUAUCCCGUAUUGGAGGAAAGUUACGAAGAUUCUAUUGAAGUGUCAGGUGCCCUCGUCGCAGGCUUAGACGAUGAUGAACUCGCUGGUGUCUUCAGCGAUACUUAUAGCAAUAGCAAGAAGAAACCACUGCAUCGAAACAAGAGUCUACCGCAGCCGGAGAAAACAGGAAAAGACUGGAGUUCCUUCACGAAGUUGCCACAUCUCAGUGGUAAGAGUAAGCCCUUGCAUCGAAGGAACACAACAGCUAACGAUGGUAAUUCAUUGGAGGAUUUAUCAGAAGCAAUUUCAGUGACUCAACCGGUUGGCGCAUGCGCUUCUAGUGGAGAUGGCGUGUUUCAAACUACAUCCAUGACUGUUAUCAGCAAAUCGAGUCCAAAAAGACAGCUCGCAUCUGGGAAGGCAGCGUCCUGUGACGUCACCGCUGGUGGACUUGGCGACGUUCCCGUGAGGCAUCUUUCUGUCCAGUUGCCCAAGACGACGCAGCCGCACCUUCACAGCAUGAACUUACUGGAAAUUUCUGAAGCGUUGUCACAGAGAUGCCGCAGCGUGGACAGAACGAGAAUGCUUCUAGAUGAACUAUUGAAUAGAGUGGUGACGUCACCCCCGGCUGGCAGUCUUCGAGAGCUGGUUCUCAGAUCUGUGUACACUCACGUUGAUAGCGACGAUAAUAGAAUACUAGUGACUAUUGCAAGAGUGAUGCUUACGAUGCAAGUUACCGGUCCACAUCUGACAGCGGCAUGCAAGUUAGUCUACAAGAUUUCUAGAAAUGAUAACACUGCCUCGUUUCAAGAUAAUAAUCUUCUUGAACUGAUGGUGGAGGGGUGGGGCCGCGUGGAGCCGGUGUCCGAGAGCACGAGCUGCGCGUGCGCCGCGGCCGCACUUCGUACGCUGACGCUGCACGCGGCGUUAUGCGAGCGAGCACACCGCGCCGGCGCACUGCCUCUAGCCGCGCUGCACCUCAAGAUGCUGACCACAGCUAAAGCGGAACGACCACGUCAAAUAUCGGAGGAGGCAAUAAACGCUCUGUAUCAAGUGACGGGCGUGCUCCGAAGCUUGGCGAACGCGAGCGAACAUUUGCACACAUUCGUGUCGAGUGGCGCGCUCGGGGAACUCCUCCACGCCCUAAGGAUUCACACGGAUCGAGACGUGCUCACUAAUGUUGCCAGAUGUCUCAGUGUGGCGUCUGGGGAUACGUCGUGUUGCUCGUGGCUGUGCGCAUGUGCAGACAGCGCGGGUGCAUUGCUUCGUGCGCUGGCUGCAUGCGCGUCACGCGCGUCGCUAGCUGUGCGACUCGCCUACACGCUAGGCAACAUGGCCGCCGGCGACCAACAGGCCAGAAUAAAUAUAUACAACGAAGAGGGAAGCCUGGAUGUGCUGCUCACGAUUCUGGAGUCGUACACCAAGCGGAGCACCGUGGCUGUGGAAUCGCGAGACCUCGGACCGGAUCCGGACCUACAUUUAGUCGGCUCUGAUCUUGUGGGCUCUGAUGGAUCGAACGAGGAUGUACUUAUUAAGACAGUUCGUGUUAUCGCUAAUCUUUGCCUUGCGGAUUCGGUCGGAACGGGUGUGGCUGGCUCAUAUGGCGAGCGAACUAUACGGGCGCUGCUAGCGUGCCUUGAGGUUGCUGAGAAAUCGUACUACUCAGAGAUGUCAGUAACGCAUGAUAAUGAAGAUGACCAAUAUGAUCGAUGCGAUGAGUUGGCAGUGGCAGCGCUUGCAACACUCAAUAACGUGACGUUCUAUUUGGAGCCACCGCCGUCGCCGCGUCGCAUCGAUGACACCAUUGAUAUGCUGUGUAAAGCUACGUGCAGAUGGGCCCAGGGAUCGGGCUUGGCGGCGUGCGAGGCGGUGCGUGCGCUUGGCAACCUGUCGCGAUCUGCGCGUGCUGCACAAGUUCUCGAGCUAGAGGGGGCUCUCGAUCUACUGCCACGCUUUCACACACACGAGGACGCGAGUGUGCGGUGCUCGGCGGCAGGCCUGCUGGUGAACGUGUGCGGCGCGGGCGGCGGCGCGGCGGGCGGUGCGGCGGCGGCCACCGCGCUGGCCGGGUCCGCGCGGCGCGGCGACGCUCCGACCGCCGCACUACUCGCCCGCGCCUUGUGGAACGCGCACGCACACCACCCGCUCGACCAACAACACUCGGCCCUCGCGACUCAAUCACUCGCUCUGUUCAUUGAUGACGACUCUGUUUUCACGCCGUGCGAGGCUAUUGGCGGGAGUCAAACAAGCGAAAGAAAACAGCACGUUAAAUUUGGAUUGGCACAAGACUGCGAGGAACCAAACAGUGAAGAACAGAAGAGUGAUCUCGAGGUCAUGAUCAAUGGUCACAGAUCUGACGGUGAAGAGGAAGAUGUUGGAUACUCUACGGAGGAUUUGGAGUUCGAGGAGGGAGAAGGUUGCGUAUGCGCCUCGUGCAAGAGGCUCGCGGGCUGGGAGGAGUUGGUGGCGGUAGCGCUGCCACUGCUAGAGGCGCUCCAACCGUCCAGGGUUGACGCCGCUGUCGGCACCGACUGACACAGCCUUCAUAUAUAUACUUAAUACAUACUUAUACAUAGCUGUGU